ACUCCCUGCCAACAAAGCUUGGUACUGUCUUCCCAUCAAAAUCUGUGACGAAUAGGGCGAGACGCAUCCCAUUACGAUGGCAGAACUUUUUGUGACUCCUUCUACAUUAGAAGUAGACUAUGACAAGAACUUGACGGAGCUCUAUCAGGCUAUUACCGAUCAGAAUUGGGACCGUGCAGUGCAAGUUUGCAAACGCCAUCCCGUCCAGGCGGCAACUUGGGUUGUUCGCCACUACGAAGAUGAAGACAAUACAGAAAACCCUGAGAUUAUGUGGCGGUUCUUGCCUUUGCAUUCGGCUUGUGCAAGGCAACCACCGGCGUCGGUCAUUGCCGCGUUGAUACGUGCCUACCCAGACGGCCCUAAAUGUGUUGACGACCAAGGCAUGUACGCCUUGCAUUACGCAUGUGGGAAUCAAGGCGCUCGGGAUGUCAUUCGCCAAUUGCUUGUAAGCUUUCCCGAAGCUGCGAAAAUUCCGGACCCGCGAGGUAUGCUGCCGAUUCACUACCUGGCUUGCUGGGGACCCAGUUCUGUUUCGGUGGUCGAUAUGUUGUUGGUGGCGAACCGUGCCGUGGCAACAGCGAAAGAUAUGGACGGUAACACAGCACUGAACUUAGCUAUCGAGGGCGACUAUCCGGAGAAGAACGGUGUCGUGUCAGCUUUACAGAAGUGGUUGAACAACAAUCCAAGCGACAUUGAAAGUACAGUUAGCAGAAAGAGCUCCGUUACGAAGCAUAAGGUAUCUUCUUCUGAUGAAAGAUUCACAGAUGGUUCUCAGAUUAAGCCAUCGAUGAAAGCGACACGAGCUUUUGAACCUGAGAAUCAAGAAUAUGAAAUUAAGCAAUCCAAGAUGACGUACUCUAACAAGAACGCUGUUUCUAGAACCAAGGCUCGCCCUAAUACUGAACGCUAUUCGGACGAAGAAAAGCGCGACGAAGGCGAGACUCCUUUUGUGCGAUCGCUAGGUAAGGCUGUACCGUCUCCUACCAAGAUAGACGCUCUCUCCACGAAUGCACAUGAAGAAGAAAUCCGAAAGCUCAAAAAUGAUAUGCAAGCCCUCAAAGCCACGAUUUUUGAAAAGGAACUCGAAUGGAAGGAUCGGAACACCGAGACCGAAGAACAAUGGAAGGCCAAAUAUAACGCACUGAAAUUAUUAUCCGGCGAAAAAGAAGAGGAGGUUGAGACCAUGAAAAAAGAGCUUGAAAAAGUCCGAAAAGAGCUCGACGAAUCCAGAGGGACGACAAGGAACAAGGAUAUUGAUAUCGAAGCAGGAAAGCAAAAACUCCUCCAAGCCAGGGAUGAUCUCAAAGGCCUUCGAGACACGCUGGGCGAUCUCAUGGAGCAACACGAAGGGUUCAAAAAGAAAAAUCACAACAUGAAUGACCGCCUUGGAUCGCUCUCGGCUUCGUUGGAGUCGAUGAUGGAACACCAAAACAUGCUUACUAAGAGUCUAAAAAAGCGAAGUGACAAACGCAAAGCAACAUACGAAGACCGACAAGCGCGACUUAAGGAAUUGAUGGAUUUGGAAAAGUCUUUGCAAGAAGACGAUGAUCAACUGGACACAUCCCUGAACAAACAAACCCGGGAAAUGGAGGCUAUUGCGGCCGUCAUUGCUGCGGCACGAGAGUAG